AUGGAAUCUUCACUCCUGCGGUCCGCAACGACCGCGCAGGGGCCUCGGGGAAGGGAGAGCCAGAGGGACGGGAAAGCUGAGCGGGGCGCUUGUCUAGCGAGGUGGCCCGGUGGGGCAGUUUGUACUUGCCCAGAUGGUUAUCCUACUAAAUCUAGGCCGUCCAAAUUGGCAGUUUCAGUUCCUUCACUUCUUGUCUGCAUCCCUUCCCCUAACUCCGCCGCCACCGCCGUCCGCGCUCGCCGUUGCCUACGCGGCUGUGCUGCCGUCGCCCCGAACCUAUCGCCCACUGCGUUGUUCCGGCGGAGGUAUACAAUGAGGCUGCUGCAAGUGGAGGAGCUAUUCCGGAAGGUUCUGGAGGUCGGGUCGAAGGAUAAGGCGGCUCGGCUGCUCGGGCUCGACGUUGGCAGCAAGUACGUCGGGGUGGCCGUCUCCGAUGAGAAGAACAGGAUCGCUUUGCCUCUGAGUGUUUUGUGUCGGACAAAGACAAACAUCAACUUGAUGGCAGAUGAUUUCAAAACAUUGGUUUCGAAGUAUUCCAUAGCUGGGUUCAUUGUGGGCUAUCCAUUCAACCUCCACGGUCAACCUAGUCCUGAUGCAGUCCAAGUAAGGCUUCUUGCUGGAGAGCUUUGUAAAACAGGGAAACUUGAUGAUCUGUCCUACACAUAUUGGGAUGAAAAUUUCACCUCAAAGUGUGUAGAAGCCCUCUUGCAUCCUCUGAAUCUAAAAAAUCGGGAUGAGGCCAAAACAAUGACAGAUAAAUUUGCUGCAGUUUGCAUACUCCAGGGUUAUCUUGACAACAUGAACAGAAAACUGAGAUCCACAGAUAAGUCUGAAGCAUAA